CGCCCCGGCUCCCCCCGGGCGGCGGUGGGCGGGGGCCGGGCGGAGCGGGGCGCACGGCGCGGCACAUCACAGCACGGCUCGGCACAGCACGGCUCGGCUCGGCUCCGCUCUCCCGCCAUGGCAUCCAAGUGCCCCAAGUGCGACAAGACCGUGUACUUCGCCGAGAAGGUCUCUUCCCUGGGCAAGGACUGGCACAAGUUCUGCCUGAAGUGCGAGCGCUGCAACAAGACCCUGACCCCGGGUGGGCACGCCGAGCACGAUGGGAAGCCCUUCUGCCACAAGCCCUGUUAUGCCACGUUGUUCGGCCCCAAAGGGGUGAACAUCGGCGGGGCCGGCUCCUACAUCUACGACAAGCCGCAGAUCGAGGGGCAGACUGCCCCGGGGCCCAUCGAGCACCCCGUGAAGGUGGAGGAGAGGAAGGUGAACGCUGCACCUCCCAAGGGACCCAGCAAAGCCUCCAGUGUCACCACCUUCACCGGGGAGCCCAACAUGUGCCCACGCUGCGGCCAGAGGGUCUACUUUGCUGAGAAGGUGACUUCCCUGGGGAAGGACUGGCACCGUCCCUGCCUACGCUGCGAGCGCUGCAGCAAGACGCUGACCCCGGGGGGACACGCCGAGCACGAUGGACAGCCCUACUGCCACAAGCCCUGCUAUGGGAUCCUCUUUGGGCCAAAGGGUGUCAACACCGGAGCUGUGGGGAGCUACAUCUACGACAAAGACCCUGAGGCGAAGAACCAGCCCUAGGCAGCAUCCCUGCCCUGCUGCACGCUCUGUGCUCCUCCUGUACUAACCUGCUGCUCCCAGAGCCUCUCCAGGCUGCCCACGGAGCUAUGCCCUCUCUGCUGUCCCUACCCCUGGCAGGGCAGCCCUGCCCUGGUUAUUAUCAUGUCUCUAAUAUAAGCUUCAGUGUUUUAAGGCUAAGGUAGAAGGUGUCUCUGGUGGAUCCCAAUGCGCUCUGCCCUCCCCAGCCCUCCCACAGCCCCUACAGUGUGGGAGGCAGCAGGGCAGCUCUGGGGGUGUCCCCGUGGGCAGGGGAUGGCGGGUGGCACCCAAAGGGCCGAGGAUGGGGGAAGGUGGUGGCAGGAGUCUCACCACGGGAGGGUGCUCCAGGCUGUGCCUCAGUGCUUGGGGUGAGGGUGCCCAGCCCUCUUCCUCACCAGCUGCUGGAGAUGUGUGACACCUGGCAGCACUGCCCUUCUCCUGGCCCUCCCCAGGCUCCAUGCCCUGGCUCUCCCUGUCCCUGGGUCCCACUCUUGGGUCUGGCAGCUCCCUACAUCCCUGUCUUUGAAUCCCUGAGGGGCACCCAGGCAGGUGCCCCAGCCUGCUCUGCAGGCUGCUUUAGGUUGGUGUCCCCAGCCUGAUCUCCCUGUGCUGGGGGCACCUGGGGCUUCUCUCCUCUCCCCACCUUUGGAGGACAGAGCGCAUUGGGCUGCUGGCCUGGGCAGCAGGACCCCCCCUGCUCCCAGAGCCCGAGGUUUCUCAUUGUUGUUGUUUAUUUAUAAGCAGUGUAAAUGUGCUCCUUGCUUUGGAGAAUGACACGUGCCCCCUCUCACCCAUCCCCGUGCACGCCCAGCCCUGCUGCUGCCCAGGAGAGCAGGGGAGGCCGGGGCAGCGAGCCCUGGCUGCCAGCACCCGCUCUCCUCAGCCUCCCUGCGCUGCUGCAGGGCUGACUUUUGUUAUUUGCUGACAAUAAAGGUUUUGAGAGA